AAUGAAUUGAAUGAAUAGUAUUAACAAUAGUAUUGAAUGAAAGCAUUUCGUGACAUAAUUGACGAGUUGUUUGAGUCAACGAUUGAGCGUUUGUUUUGUGGUUUGAAAGAGUGGUUGAAUUGCAUCGAAGUUGCGGUCACUUCUCAAUACAGACACCUCUUUGACCAUCGGAUCAAUUGAAACGAUUGUCUAAAUGUCGGGAAUAUCUUUGGCGCGAUUGGCGGAGGAGAGGAAGUCGUGGCGCAAAGACCAUCCGUUCGGCUUCAUGGCUAAGCCCACCAAAAACACCGACGAGAGCCUAAACCUCAUGAACUGGGAGUGCGCUAUACCGGGGAAGAAGGGAACCCAUUGGGAGGGAGGACUCUAUAAGCUUCGUAUGAUAUUCAAAGACGACUAUCCUUCCAGUCCUCCCAAAUGCAAGUUUGAACCGCCGCUCUUCCACCCAAAC